AUGUCACCAAAGCUACAGGCAAAGAAGCAGCGGGUGCGGGUCACCAACCGGGCUCUUGAGGCGCGUCAGUUUUCCACUGUUCGUUUGCCGCGGAGGGCGGAGGCGCAGGUACCGCAGGUAGACGUAGAGCGGAUGUACGACGACCGCGGCCGUGAGGGCGGGGACAGCGGCGCGAAGCGAGGUGAUGGGAACGGUGGUGAGCAGGCGUCAGUGCCGUCCGUGUUUGACCCCAUCCCCGCCGACCCGCUCUUUGUCGUGAUUGUGAAAUCCAAGUACUGGCCGCCGCCGCCGCUGGAAGAACUGCAGGCGAGAGGCGAGGGGGCCAUCAGCGACGGCUUUGACGCCUACGACAGGCGCGAGGAUGACAGUGCGGCGCGGAAGGAGCGGGUGAAGGUUGUACGGGGGGAGCUAAACCAUCCACGCGGAAAGCCACGACAGAACACGCUUGUACAGUUGGACGAUAGCGAGGAUGAUGGGGACAGAGACGGGGGAGGAUGA